CAAAUAUGUACAACUGGUCAAGAUGCAUCUAGAAUAAGAACCUGCAACGCCCACAUGUAGAGCAAAUCUAGAACGGACUAGCAUCGACUUUCCAACCAAACAUUCAACCUACAAGGCUCCAACCUAGUGACCACCCAUAUCCAUUACCAGUCCAACAAAUAUGUCUAGCCGACCAACCAUCGUCCUGAUCCCAGGCUCCUUCUGCUCUGCAAAUGCCUACGAUGCAAUCGCCACGCCUCUCCGUUCCAAAGGCUACGACAUCCAAGUUAUCGAGCCGCCUUGUUACCCCGCAGGCUACGAGCGCAAAUCUGAUGGCGCGCCACCGAACAUGUACGCCGAUGCCCGGUAUAUCAACGAGCACGUGAAGAAACUAGCGGAUGAAGGCAAAGAAGUUGUGCUCGUGGCCCACAGUUACGGCGGCGUCCCAGCAACCGAGAGUCUCAAGGGCAUAACCAAGAAAGAACGCGAGCAGCAGGGUAAACUAGGCGGCGUGGUCCGCAUUGCCUAUCUUACCGCGCUGGCGCCGCGCCUCGGUGAAACCGCUUUUCAGGUGCUUGGAGACCAGGGCGGUGUUGUUCCUUCUGCUGGCGAAGACGGCUGGAUGUACCACAAAGACCCGGCUCCCGUCGCGGCCCUCAUCUGCAGCGACCUCCCCCUGUCCGACGCCCUUGUCCAAGUCGACAAAAUGGGGUACCACUUUGGUGCGUGUUUCCUUGACCCCCUGACGCAUGCGGGCUACAAAGACGUGCCUGUGUCGUGGUUUUUCGCAGAGAAAGAUUUAGUGGUUGUACCGCAAGUGCAGCAGAUGGGGAUUGAGGCUAUCGAGGCGAGUUGGGUGGGGACGGACAGGGAGGGGAAGAAAGUGGAUGUGACGAAGCUGGAGUGUGAUCAUUAUCCGCUUGUGUUGGAGGAUAAGAGGGCGAAGGUUGAGGCGUGGGUUGAGGGGCUUGUGGAGAAGGGAGGGAGGGAUUGAUGGGGUUUGAAAGAAGGGGUUUGACAGGAAGGUGUUGGACUAUACAUACAUAGGCAUGCAGUGGUAGUUUUUAUGUAUAUGUGCCACAUUUUCAAAAGUUAAGACAG